AUGAGAAGCUUCAAGCACGUAGCAGUAGCUCUGGCCUUCCUUCUGUGCAUGAUUUCUCAAGCAGAAAGCUCACCGAAGCCAGCGAGACAAUGUCCGCCUCUGAAGAAGGGCAGCUUUGUCGUUCAACAGUACCAACUCUAUCCCGAGAAUGCGGACUGGGACGUCAACAACUGCAUCGUCUACUUUGGCGUUGUAGUUUAUGAUCCGUACAAGGACACCGUCCUAGACAUCUUGACGUUCGAUGGCAUCACGCACAACCCUGCCUUGCACAUUGGUGGCGUGCAGGUAGACACUCGCACCAAACUAGUCUCGAUUGUAGUCGACGCCGCCGCCCCCUUCAAUACCGGCGGCAAAGACGUGUCGGGUGACAACUUCAUCAUCAAGUACGACCCGGCAAAGAAGCAGGUCCUAUGGAACAAGAACAUCACAGCUGUGACCAAAGGGGCAUACGGAGGCUUCCAGGACAUUGAGCACGACACCCACGGAAACACCUACGUCGUUGGCUCGUUCCCGGGUACAAUCAUGAAAGUCGACCGCCAAGGCUCUGCUGUCGUCCCGUGGUACCUCCCCGUGAAGAUUGACCACACGAAAAUGGGCUUCUCCGGCCUCGCAGCCACUGGCAAUAUCCUGCUGUCCAACAAUAACGAGGACGCCCAGAUCUACCGGUUCGACAUGAAAGCGGACAAGGGCGCUCCCGUGCUCGUACCGAGAUCGCCGAAUGUGACGCUAGCGGGCACCGAUGCCAUCUAUCUUCCACCAAGGUACGGUGGAAAGGUGUUGCUUAUCGCCGAGAAUACCAAAGGCGUGACUGUUUUGCGGUCGAAAGAUGGAUCCUGGAAGUCUGCCGAGCACCUUGGCACGGUACCGAAUAAUUCCACCGAUGCUCAAGGAGGGAUUGUCACUGCUCCGGUGCAAGUCGGCGACAGUCUGUUCAUGGUUGAGGAGUUCUUUGCGGAUGCUCCUGUUGCGGGCUCGACUUCUGGGAACAGGACUAGUUUCCCGAUGGUGGACAUCACCUCGCAGGUUGAGGAUCUUCUCAAGAAGCUCCUCGUCAUCCACGGCGAAGCCGAUAUCCCGCAUCGGAAUCGGGGCGACAGACACGACGCCAGGUGGAACAAGAUCGUAUUCGACACCAGUCUCACAGAUCUUCUCACAGCCCAGCAGAAAACAUGUGCCUUUAUAGACUGGAUACUCGACGGGGAGUGCAUCGCACGACCAGACGUUGGCGAAUGCGUCGACAACAUAUCCGGCGAGGUCUACCAGAUGGACCUCGAAGAGCUCGAGCAGUUCCACGGCCAGAUUGACAAGGACCCGGACUACAGGCUUCCUUCCAUUCGCCACGCCGUCCAGGGCCGCAGCGACGGGUACGUCGACUAUGUACUCGUAGCUGAGACGAACCCCCCAUUCCGUAUUGGUGGUGACCACACUCCAGACGUCCUGACUAUAGAAUUCUUUGGGCUUUGGGACCCGCGCACAAAGCUCGUCUCAUAUAGGACGGUCAAGGGUCUGCAGAUAUGUACGCCUCAUGAUAACCCGGCAGCCAGAGACUUCUGGACGCGGCCGAUACAGAAUGAUCCUGCGUGUUGUCUGCCUGCAGUGAAGUCAUGGCUGGCAGAUUGCGAGGAUAAGCACGAAAGGUGUCAGGAGCUGAAGACGCAGUCUGGGCCGUCGGCACUCAGGCCUAUUAGGCUGAUCUAUAUUGAUCACAGUUCUAGAGCACGGAGCUAUUCGCUGCGGUUGCAAGAUACGGCGAAUCUAAAUCCUCUACCUAGAUUCGCAGCUUUGAGCUAUUGCUGGGGCGGCAACCAGACGGUGAAAUGCGAGACGGCUACGCUAGAGGCAUUCACAAAGGAUAUUUCCUUUGAAAAACUGCCUCGGACGAUACAGGACGCUGUCAAAGUCUGCUCGCAGCUCGGAGUUGAGUAUGUCUGGGUCGAUGCUCUCUGCAUCAUUCAAGAUGAAGGCAACGACGAAAAGAUUUUGGAAAUCGCCAAGAUGCCGUACAUCUACGGUCAAGCGUCCUUCACCAUUAUGGCAUCCAGAGCCAAGACUGCGUGGGAAGGGUUUCUCCAGAACAGAGAGUGUUUCAAAGAGUCUGAUCAAGCAUUUCUUCUCUCCUGGCAGUCCGGAAAGGGCGAAUUGGGAUCGAUUACCUUGGUCGAGAUGGAGACAGGGCACGAACCUAUUGACGAGCGGGGGUGGACUUUUCAAGAACGUCUUUUAUCUGUCAGGAUCGUCGAGUUCGGGUCCCGGCAAACUAGAUGGAGCUGUCAAGAACCAAUUCCGUCAAUCACCGGGAACGACACGCUAUACGGCCUCGACGUCGGUGAGGGUGCAACCGACGGCUGGAGAAAGAUUGCAGAGCCCAAUGACCUCAGGCAGGACUCCUUCAACUGGGGCUCCUGCUCAAAGACUCCAUCCCCGUGGGGCGCACUGGUAGAUAUCUACACCAGCCGUACUCUGUCCUUCAACACUGAUCGCGCUCUGGCCAUGUCGGGGGUCGCGGAGCGCUUUGCUGUGUUGACUGGCGAUGAAUACGCCGCUGGUCUCUGGAAAAGGAGCAUCCGCGACGAGUUGCUCUGGAGAGUGGAGCAAGAUGAGCGACGAAAUCGGGCGGCGGCCCAUCAGGGGCCUUCGUGGUCGUGGUUCGCAGUUAAUAGUAGUGUGAGAGCAUACGUGGCUUUGGGUGACGGUUGGGAAAUCCCUACAUUCGAAGGCGAUGUAACGGAUGCGACGGAGGUCUACCACGCCGAAGUCAUAUCUAUUUCUGCCGAGCCGGUGAACAAGAAAGCGCCCUACGGCGACGUCCGUGGCGACUCAGGUCGGCUUAGACUUCAUGGGAGGCUUGCGGCAGCCACCAUCAUCAAUCAUCCCACAGGAGACUCAAGGGACGAUCCAGAAAAUGUCUUUGAUAUAGCCAGUCCCCCGAGCUCACAAGGUGUUCUUGACUCAGGGACGAAGCUCAUGAGUACCAGAAACAUCAGCUGUCAUCUUGAUUGCCUAGAUGAGGUAGACGUCAAGUCUGCAGGCUCCGGGGGUUACAGGGCACUGGAGAUCAAGAGAGUGCGCGGGUACUCUGCCGACUGGACGAUACUCGGACUGCUUCUAAAGCCGGUCAAGAUGAAUGGGGGAAGUUCGUUGAAUGGUGUGCCAGCUUACAAAAGAAUUGGCACGUUUGAGUUGGAGUUGGAGACUACAUUUGAUGACUUGGAUGACGAUCAGAGCCUUCAGAGCGAGGAGCAUUGCUUCUUCGACUUCAUCCAACCACAAAUGAUAGAGAUAUUUUGA